CAGAGCUGUGAGCUUAGCUGCCUACUACCCAGGCUGGAGGGGCUCCCCAGCUCCCAGGGAUGAGGUGCUGGAAAGCUCCAUUCCCCAACAGUGCUUGUCCUCUUCUCGGCAGCAGCUUCCCUGUGCUGAUUGUCAUUGCUCUUGUCCCCUCUGGGACCAGGAGCCACACCAUCCUGUUUCACUUUGAAAAGCGGUAAAAACCUUCUCUUCAAAGCAUCACUUCUCUCACUAAAGAAAUGAGGAGCCUAUGCCCACAGCAGGGAGGAAUGGAGCUAGAGCACCACAGCCUGUGGAAGCACGCCAAAGAAUCAUAGAAUGGUUUGGGUUGGAAGGGAUGUUGAAGACCAUCUGGUUCCCACCCCCCACCCCCACCCCCCGCCACGGGCAGGGACACCUUCCACCAGGGCAAGUCACUCAGAGCGCCGUCCAGCCUGGCCUGGAGCAUCCCAGGGAUAGGGCACCAACAGCUGCUCUGGGCAGCCUCACCACCCUCACAGUGAAGAAUUUUUUCCUCAUACCUAAUCUAAAUCUACCCUGUUUCAGUUUAAAACCAUUGCCCCUUGUCCUGUCACUACAGCCCCUAACAGAGUCCCUCCAACCCUUCCUGCAGGCCCCCUGUGGAGGCAGCGCUCAAAGGCACACUACGCCAAGGGUUUAGGGUUUUUUUAACGCUUUUCCACCACGAGGUAAGAAACACCGUGCCUUCCACCUCAGGCCGGCCUGCUGGCCCCGGCCUCUCCGAGUCUUAAUCGCACAAGGGGCGCAGCCCGCUCCGCCAGCGCCCCAGGCGCCGGGCCGGCCGGGGCAGCCGCGCUGCCUGCCGGGACUCGUAGUCCGCGCAGGGGCUGCUGGGAGCUGUAGUUGGCGGGCGGUGCCGGCGCGCCGCGCGCCUCCGUCAGUCAGCCCGUCGGUCUGCGGGGCGAUGGCCGCCCGCUCCCUGCGGCGCUUCGGGACCGUGCUCCCCCUCGGCGGCGCGGCGCGGCGCGGCAGUUUGUAUUUCAGGGAGUCCCCCUGUGUUUUCAGCACUGCAGCUCAGCAGAGAAGUACAGGAGACGAGUGUGGCCCAGAAGAUCCCCGUGAUGAGCCCAGGCAUCCCCUUUCUGACUGUGCCUUAGAGCACAAAACCAUCAAAUUGGAAGAACAAGUCCAGGAUUUAACUGAGCGAUACCGGAAAGCCUUGGCAGAUUCUGAGAAGGUCCGGAGGAGAACACAGAAGUUUGUGGAAGAUGCCAAGCUCUUUGGGAUCCAGAGUUUCUGCAGGGACCUUGUGGAGGUAGCAGAUAUCUUGGAGAAGACUGCCGAGAGUGCCGCAGAAGAAGCGGAGCCUAGUAAUCCAAAUCCAACCCUGAAGAAAAUCUGUGAAGGCCUCUCUCUUAUAGAGGCCAAAUUGCAAAGUGUGUUUGCCAAACAUGGCCUUCAGAAGAUGAACCCUGUUGGUGGCAAAUAUGAUCCGUAUGACCAUGAAAUAGUCUGCCAUGUACCAGCCGAGGGAAUGCAGCCAGGCACGAUAGCGCUGGUGACUCAGGAUGGCUAUAAACUCCAUGGUCGCACUAUCAGGCAUGCACUCGUCGGCGUGGCAGUAGAGUCACAGGAGUGACGUGGGCUUACCCAUUGGCACCUGGGACCUUACUGAGCUGAGGACCCCUCAGCACAGUCACAACUGCAGCUGCAUGUCUUUAUUUAUUAAGCUAGGUUUGUAUUGUAUGUUGGCUUCUUUAUAAUGUGUGCAGUCAUUUUGCCAUUAAUUCUAAGGUACUUCUGUAUUUAAUAAUCCUUUUUGGAGUAUGUGGCGUGGUACUAAGAGUCCUGCUAUUUGUCAGAAACACGGCGCUGUAGCCCUUUUCUCCGUUGCUCGUUUCUCCAUUAAGACUUGUAUGGGGAAGUGGAGAGAUACGAGAGAGAAAGGGAAAUCUGUGAGAGCGAAGGAAUCUUGUCUCCCGGUUCCAUCUAUGAGACAGACUCUUGUAGUGGCCUUCAGGAAAGUAACUUCUCUGCCUCAGAUUCCAUAUCUGUAUUAAGGGAAUAUAAUAAUAGUUACUGACCUACCUCACAAGGAUGUGGUGAGGCUUUUUCUUUGCAAAGCACUUGGAAGAGGAAAAGCCCAAAAGGCUGAGUAUUAUUAUCAGACUGAUUUUGGUGUCUUCCCUUGUCCCUAGACCCCUCAGGUGAAGUUGAUCACUUGAAAUGACAUUUAGGGGCAGCUUUUUCUUAGUCAGUUCAGGAAAACAAUCCCGAAUUAAUGAAAUCUCUGUCAUACUACAGUUGAAUAGGGAUGAGGUUUUAAAGAAAAAUCAGUUGUUAGGUCAGACUAAUGUUAAUAGUUGUUCUCCGGUUAAAAUUGCAGCUUGCCUCCUUGCUCCUAAAGGUAAAACAAGGAGUAGUGGUUCUUGAUGGAGCCAGAAAACUCUUCUCAAAUCUCUUUUUCUCCAACCAAAAAGUCUGUUUAGAGGAGAGUAAUUUCUCUUCCCUGAUGGGUGUUUGUGCAGCUUUCAAGCAUGAUAAACUGUGUGCUUUUUGUUGCAGCAGCUGGCAGAAUGGAGAUGUGCCCUUAAGCAGGAAAUCUGGACUUUUAUUUUCUCAGCUCUGCAGUAUUGGUACUCAGAUAACAGUAAUUUCCAGUUCACAUUCAGAUUCUACUUUUGCAUGGUCAUAGUAAAUAUUAAACCUUUUGGGUUUUGAUGCAAGGAGAAAAAUCUUUUCUACUAAAAGUCCCAAGUGCCCUUGAACCAAUUUUAGCAGCGGUGACAAGAAAGCAAGAGAAGCAGAAAGCUGAGGAAGUGAAAGCUGACCUCAAGCUGUCCUCUUAGUUGGAGGCAUGUUGUUGUCACAGCAUGGCAUAUGUAUUUCCCAGUGGUCCUUUUGCCUGGGAGUCCAUUUAUCUCAGCUGAAAGGAUGCAGUCACUGAGUAAGAUCGGAAUUUAACCCUUUACAGAGCACCUAUACAAGCAGUAUAAUGACAGAAGAGUUCUUUAACCAGCCUAUGGUCUGCACCACACAAAACCAAGGCAGGAGUGGUUCUUGUCAGGUUGUUUCUUACUGAUUCAUUAAUUCCUGCCUUUGUACUUUCUGGAAUUGGAUCCAUGGUCUGACAGUUAUUUGAGAUCCACUUCCAAAAACUCUUUACUUAUGGUGGAUGCCAUCACUGGUUUGGAAGAAAGCUUAUUCUUCUCCCAUUCCUUUGCAGGCUUCAGUUGCAUAAUCCUUUUGUGGCGGACUUCAAGAUUACCGCAGCCUUCCAUUAGCAGCUAUGGACAGUCUUUCAUCUGGGGAGACUAUGUGCAGCUAGUUGGUUGUCAUUCCAGAAAUUUAAGGAGGAUGCACAUUUCUAAUAUGCUCCAUGCAAGCUGCUUUAGUGACAACUGUAUGUGGGUGACUCAGUAGUGGAUACUUUUUAAAGUGCAGUUUUAUGCCUCUGCAUAGGUAGGUUUUCAGGCUGGUAUUUCAUAUUUCAACCCUGAAACAGCGCUUCAUGGUAGCAUUAAUGUUAGAUCACUUUGGACAAACUUUUCAUUCAAUGUUCUUGUUUUAUGACGUUGGAAAUUUCAGAGAUAUACAGGACUUCCUGUUCAUUGUUUUGCUGGUCUGCAUGCUGACUGGGUCACUAGGUUAUGCUGUUACUCAAGACAAAGAACAGGUAAAAUACAAAAUGUGUCAAUGCAAGUCUUGCUGUUCUGCAUCAAGACUGUCUGCGGCCUCUUCUGAGGAAACAGUGUCUUCAGCUGGAAGGAGUGGCUGGGUUCUCUGCUGCUGCUUCAGCCCCUGCUAUAUCAGCUGAGUCUUUUUGCAAUAUAAGGGGAGAACUGGUUUUGGAAACUAACUUUGAAUGUGAGACUUUAUAAGGAACUAAACAAAAUGAAAGGCAUUUUACACAACAGGUGCGUUUUUGUCAUAGAAAGGCUACAGCUUACCUGAGCCAGAUUUAAAAGUAGUAUGUGAACAGAAGUGUUGGGAUUCAAAUCCUCUUUAAACUGACCCACAGAGCCACUUGACUGUGAAAAUAUUUGGUCCACGUUCGGACUAUUUGCCAAGCCUGCCUGUCUCCUCAGCUAGUAUUCACCCAUUUUUGCCUUAAAGAAAUACCCUAAAAUGCACUCCAGACCUUCUGUCUGUACGAAGAGGUUAUUGAUUCAGCUUGUAUAUCUGGGAUCUGUUUUCACUGAGGCGCUGCUGCAUGUCCAGAGCAGGAAUCUGAGGGAUCUGGUUCCUGUGCAGUCUUUCUCACCCUCCCAUAGGCCCCGUUUAAUUACGGGCAAGCUAUUUUCCCAGUUCAUGCCCCAUUUUUUUCAAUCUCUGAAACUUCUAACAGGAUCUUAUUGGGCUUUUAUGAUGAUUACUGUUAAGAUGUACCCAUCGCUUAGAGACUCUGUUACAGAUGUUACCAAAGAGAUAAAUACUGUAGCUGUU